UUACAGCAGGAUUAGUAGCGAAAAAAUGGGAAGGGCUAUUUCUUCGUUGUGUGUUUGACUUCCGCUCGGGUGUAUUAAGCGAAUGUUUAGGAAAAGUGCAAAAUUGUUAAUAAAGUUUAAAAAAUGAACGACGAUCAAGAAACAUUAGAACCUUGGAUCAGUUUAUCAAACUGGGAACAGCAGUGCGUUGAUGAAAUAGAAAAGACCCCAGAAAUUGAAGUUGAAUUACAAAAUGCUAAGGACAGAGCUGUACAGAAAUUAUUUUUUUUAUUCCAAAAUGCAGCCACAUGCAUUACACAGUUAUAUAAAGAUCGGCAGAAUGGUGUAUCACUUUGGGUGCCUUUCCAAACUGCAGCCAGUAGUGUAACAAGUUUAUAUAAAGAAUGUGUAGAAUCUCACAAGCCUAUCCAUGACUUGGGAUUCCAGGGUGGUUUUCAGAAACGCAACAGAGAGCUUUUAUCAUGGGCUAAAAAGAAAAAGCGGCAUAUUCGUCGAGAAGAAUUAAUAGCUUAUAUCACAGGAAGAAAUCCUCCUGCAACACGUCUUUGUUGCCCAAGACCUCGUCUGGUUCUUGAUGGAAUGCGGAAUUCUUCUCAUCUCGCUCAUGCUCACCGUCACUCUCCUUCCAGAGAUGUUGAACUUCUAGAUCCACGUGCUGAAGAUUUUGAUAUGUUUCGACAAGCCUUGACAAUUUCAACAAAUUUCAAGCACCAUGCACAGAAUUCCCCCACUGGCCUAUCUAGGAUCCACCGAGCUCGUCAUUGCAAUUCAACAUCUACCUCUCAUAAUGAACUCAGUGCAUUUAUCACUGAAGAAUUUUCCAGGCAUUCUAGGAAGCGUUCUCCUUCUACGGAUGUCAUAAUGGAAUCGCCCACCCAUAAGCGUACACGACUAGUAUAAAUUUCUUGCCAUUUAUUUUAGUAAUGGCUAAACUUGUCAAUAUAUUUUAUGUGGACUUUAAAAAUAAAAUUAUAUGCGCCUUGUGAAAUGAAGUGACCAGUGAAAUAUUUUCCCAUUGCAGUUCUACGUACUUUGACAUUAAAUAUACUUGAAUCGAUGCAACUUCUUUAGCUAGAUUUCCCUGCUUAAUUUUUGUUAUUACAAUAUAAUUGUAAUUUAUUUUGGCGUAAGUUUGUUUUCCUAAAAUAUUAUGUAACUCAGUUGUUUAGUUUUUCCUUGUUGUUCUUGCUUUUUGAAGCUUUUUUUCCAUCCAAAAAGAAAAGAAGGGGAAAAAAGUGUACAUAAUUUCUUCUGUUUAAUCUGUGAAGGGAAAUGAAUGCACUAGGUUUUGUCUUUGUUAAACAUUCUAAUGAUAGUAAAUGUGCCUCUAGUGUAUUUUUAAUAGCAGUGCAGAGUUAAGAAUGUGUGAUUUUCUAUUUAUUUUACUGUGACUUAUUAGUAUUUAUUAUCUAGAAAGUUUAUUCUAUGUAAAUUUGCCUUUUUAUAAGAAACAUUUGAAUGAACAAUCUUCUGAGAAAUGUUUUUAUGCUAUUCUUAUAAAUUCAGAGCAAAGAAAGUAAAUCCUAUUUUGACAAGAAAUUGUGUUGUUUUUGUACAGUUUUUGCUUAUUGUUGAGUGCCAUUUUAAUUCUUGCGGCAUCACCCUGUUUUUUAUAUAUUUGAGAACUAGAAAUUUUGUGACAGAUCAAAGAAAAAGAUGAGCAGUGUUUAAAGUAUUGCCUUUGUUAAUUUUAUGAUUUUGUACCCAAGAAAGUGUUAUAAUAUAAAAUAUCCCAAUAUAUGUUUUUUACUGUACUUGAAAUUUUUUGCACCAGUUUUUUGUCCACUUUGAACUCAGUGCUUAUAAUGUACAGCAUAAAAAUAAUGAUCUGUAGCCAAUAAUUUUUUUUAAUUCCCUUAGUAACAUAUGUAAAUUGGAUUUUUUUUAAAAUUUAAUGUAAGCUACUCACAGUUGAUAUCUUUUCAAAAUUUGCUGAAAAUUCUAGUCUGUUUAUGUCCAGAAUAGAUUUUUUAGCAAUGGGUAUCAGUCUAGUCAUUGUUUUAUUUAAUGUUCAAAUAUACAAAUCAUUAUUCAAUUCAGGUGUCAAUUUUCUACAAAAUAGUAAAUUCUCUAGUCAGGCAUUGGCAGAAUGUUUCUAGGUAAGUUUUAUUUCAGAGACAUAAAAUGAUUAUUCAUUAUCCGACCUUAUCCUAUAAGUUAUUUAAAUACGUGUUGUUUUUGAGUAAAGAAUUAUUUAAAUUUUGGACAAUUCUUCAUCUUUGUAAAAAGAGCAUGAGUUCUGAGAUCUUUCUAUUAGAUAUUCUUAAUUUAUCUUUACUUAAACUUCACUAGCUGUUUAUUUUCAGUAUUUAAUAAUCUAAAUAUGUGUAAUUAGUAAACACAUUUGGCAUUCAGAUUGAUUUUGAAAGUAUUCUGAAAUUCUUUCAUUAAGAAGUAAGGAAAGUUUAAGUGUUCAAUUUAUAUAAGGACCUGUUUAUGUUAUUUUGCGUUUUUAAUAUUAUUCUAAAUGUAUAUGAAAAAUGAAAAUUUUAAUUUUAUUAUUUUGUAAGAGAAAAAUUUGCACAAAAAUAAAGUAGUCAUGUUUAAUGAACUUCAUGCUUACAAAUUUAUGAACUAUGUAGGUCUCGACAUGUUUAUUGUUAUUUUAAUACCAUUUCCAAUAAAGAAAAAUAAAUUUAUGAGCAAUUUUUCAGUCCAUCUUGGCUUUAACUGUAAUUUUUCACUUUUCUAACAGCUGCUUUUAAAAAUUGUUUUUCACACUUGUCAACGAUUUCUAAUUUAAAUCUGAAAAAUCAAAACAUAGUGCUAUAAUAAAAAUCUACAAGCUGCAACCGAAUUUUUUAUCUAAUGAAAGGUUUAUUACUUCUGCAUUUGAAGUUUUAAUUGUAGAAAUAGUUACUUCAAUUAUGUUUUAAUUGAUGAGAAUCUUAUUGUGCUUACAACUAUUGGUAUUUAAUAUUACUUAAAAAAUUCUGUAUUUGCAAAGAUACUUAUAAUCAAGAUUUUAAAAUUGUUAAACUAUCGCGUCAGUUGAUGAAGUUGUUGUCUGAUGAAUAGUUGAUGAAGCAUUUUUAGUAAUACUAUUUUGAACUUUAUUAUACUUUUGUAUAGCCCAUCUCCAGUAAUAUUAUUAAUACAUUAAUUCUAAAACCUGAAUUUCUUUUUUUUUUUUUUUUUAAAUACAUCAGUUUCUGUGGAAAUUGGUUUCGAGAGAGUGUAAUCGAGUUUAACAAAACUGCUUACUUUUUAAAGAUUUUAAUAUGGCACACUGUUAAUUAAAAAAUUAUUAAAUAAUGAGCUGUGAAUUAAAUAUUUUACUUUCAAAAUCAUUUGGAAUUGUUUUUGUAAACAAUUAAUUUUCCUUCAUUAAAAUUAUAAAAAGCAUCACUAUUUUUAGCGGUUAUUCCUGCAAAGUUGAUUAAUAGUCAUACUCAUAGUUCUAUGAUUUUUUUCAUAAUAAAUAGUUUAUUAAUACUGCACACUAGUUUAAUUAAAUUUUAGGAAUCCUCUUAUUUAGUCAGCAAUAUGAUUACAAGAUCUUUUUUUUUUAAAUCAGAUGUUGAAUAAUCAUACGUUGUGUCUCUGAAGCUUUAAAUGCCUAAUUCUUUGUGCCUGAAUUGUAAAAGACGCCUUUCCAAAGAGAUUGCUCAACAUCAUGCGCCAUAUUUCAUUUUGUGUAUAAACUACAUGAUUUUGAUUUAAUGGGUCAGGUACCUUUAAAAUAAAUUUUUUAUGCUUUUAUUUUAUAACUUGAUUUCUUCCAAGCAUUUUAAAACAAACCCCUAUGUAACCUAACCAUGUAAAAAUUUGCUCUAGAAGUAAAGUUAUUGUGAAAUAUUUGCUUUUGCAAUUUACCAAUCAGACACAUUUGUAUUUCAGGAAAUCCCUUGUGUUAAAUCCUCCGAGUGAAAUGCUUGUGUAUAUGAUUUUAUACAAAUAUAUCAUUACACUUGAUAGGAAAGUUAUCUUAUAAGCAUAUCUAUGUAUAUACUUACAAUUUUAAGAACGUAAUUUAUUUGCAAGAUUUCGAGAUAAUUUCCUUUUCAAUUAAAAAUUUCAUAAAGACUUGAUUUUGCUGCUUGUAUGGAUUAUUUUUAUGAACCGUGAAAUUAGAAAUUCAAGAAAAUUUGAGGAAUUGUAUAUACACUGUAUUUUUUUAAAUGGCUAGUUGUGUUUCUGGCAUAACUUUUAAAACUAUAAUAAAGUUUGAAAUUAUUUGAAAAUUUUGA